AUGAAACCAUCAGCUUAACCUCCUCGUUCAAAUUAAUAUAGGGCAAACUCUCGAGAAGGGAGACUCAAUUUUGCUCAACAAGCAGAAAUGAAUCUUCGCGGAGAUUUUAAACCUUAAGUACCUUAAGAGCCAUAAAGGCCCAUACAAAGAAGUAAUAGUUAUAGUCGCAACAACGCGUAACGUCCAGCUACUUAAGAGGAAAUAAGAUCAGCUUUAACUUUGUUAAAAGCAAAGCGAGAUAGAGAUAGAAAAUAUACUCAAAUUCCAUAAGAUGUGCCAGAUCGAGACGUUUACUAAGCACCCCCUUUGAUGAAAGCUUAAAGUUAUUAGCCUCAAACAAUAUCAUAUGAAGAUAUUGUAGCUAAGGAGGACAAGAAGCCUAUUGAGAUUAAUGAAUUUGAAGAUGAUGAUGAAGAGUUACUUGAGUGUCCUGAUGGUUGUGGAAGGAAGUUUAAAAGGUCUGCUUUGUAGAAGCAUAUUAAGAUUUGCAAGAAGGUAUUUCAAGAGAAGAGAAAAGCGUUCGAUACCAAAGAACAUCGAAUACUCAAUCCUGAUCAUGCUAAAUUAUUAUAGAAACAAGAGUAGGAAGAAAAGAUUUAGUAACUGCAACAAUAGAAAAAAAAAUAAACCUAAACUAAAAUGGAUGAUAGACCAAUAUAAGGUUAAAAAAAACCUAAAUGGAAAUUGCAAUCUGAACAAUUCAGAGCAGCAAUGAAAAUAAAUAAAGGAGUACCACUUACUCAAUAGGAAUAAGUUGCCAUCGAAGAAGUGGAUGACAGAGUAUAGUGUGAACAUUGUGGCAGAAAAUUUAAUGAGCAAACAGCCUUGAAACACAUUCCAUCAUGUAAGGAAAAGUCUAUGAUAAAUCAAAUGAAGAAGAAAUCUCAAUAGAUGUUACCACCCCAACAGAAUACUAUCAAGUCUCAGUUUAAUGCUACUAACAAUUUCCAGAAACAACAACAAUAACCUUAAUAACAAACCAACAAUAUCAGGAACAACGUCAACUUGAAUGGAACAAAUAAUACAUUCACAAGUACUUAAACUGCAUCAAGAAGGCCUCCUCCUUCUUCUUCAAAAAAGUAUUGA